GAAUGCCUCGCUCUAAACACAACACAUCGCCAUUUUCCGCGAACGGACGCUUCUCGGCGGAGUAACGUUAACUAGGUCACGAGACUCCCGGAGAAACACUCGUAGCGAUCUUCACCGGAGCCACCCGUCCGACCGCGUCGAUCCGCCACCGCACAGACCGAAAGCCAAUGACCGGAUCCGGUUACGCCGCUCGGAUGAAGAGUUCCAGCGCGGGCCCGGGCUGAAGAGACGACCCUCGGAGAUCCAGACGAGCAGCGACACACACAGAAUGAAGCGCGGUCAGCAGCGUGUGGAUGAAGCCGAGCCUGGCGGUGGCCCCGGGGCCCCUGAGCUCUGCAAGCGGCUGCGCUGUGAGGACUGUGAGGACUCUGAGGACGGAGACGGGCCUGUGGACUGGGGUCAACUGCCCCAGGAGAUCCUGCUGCAGAUCCUGCAGUACCUGCCGCUGCUGGACCGGGCGAUCGCCUCGCAGGUGUGCCGCCGCUGGAACCAGGCCUUCCACAUGCCGGAGCUCUGGAGGUGCUUCGAGUUUGAGCUCAACCAGCCGGCCAGCUCUUACCUGCAGGCCACACACCCCGAGCUGAUCAAGCAGAUCAUCAAACGCCACGCCAACCACCUGCAGUACGUCAGCUUCAAGGUGGACAGCAGCACUGAGUCUGCAGAGGCAGCGUGUGAUAUUCUCUCUCAGCUGGUCAACUGCUCUCUGAAGACUCUGGGACUCAUCUCCACCGCACGACCCUCCUUCAUGGAGCUGCCCAAAUCUCACUUCAUCUCUGCGCUGACGGUGGUGUUCGUCAACUCCAAAUCUCUGUCCUCGCUGAAGAUCGACGACACGCCGGUGGACGACCCCUCGCUGAAGGUGCUGGUGGCCAAUAACAGCGACACACUGAAGCUGCUGAAGAUGAGCAGCUGUCCACACGUGUCUCCCGCAGGUAUCCUGUGUGUGGCGGAUCAGUGUCACGGUCUGCGUGAGUUAGCGCUCAACUAUCACCUGCUGAGCGAUGAUCUUCUGCUAGCGCUGUCGUCGGAGCGUCACGUUCACCUGGAGCACCUGCGCAUCGAUGUGGUGAGCGAGAACCCGGGCCAGCACUUCCACUCCAUCAAGAAGAGCAGCUGGGACGCCAUGGUGCGCCACUCGCCCAAGUUCAACCUGGUGAUGUACUUCUUCCUGUACGAGGACGAGUUUGGGCCCUUCUUCCAGCACGAGGUGCCGGUGACGCACCUGUACUUCGGCCGCUCCGUCAGUAAGGAGGUGCUGGGGCGCGUGGGGCUGACGUGCCCGCGGCUGGUGGAGCUGGUGGUGUGCGCUAACGGGCUGCGGCCGCUGGAUGAGGAGCUGAUCCGGAUGGCGGAGCGCUGUCGUCAGCUGUCGGCCGUGGGGCUGGGCGAGUGCGAGGUGUCCUGCAGCGCCUUCGUGGAGUUCGUGAAGAUGUGCGGCGGCCGGCUCUCGCAGCUCUCCAUCAUGGAGGAGGUGCUGGUGCCCGACAGCAGGUACGGCCUGGACGACAUACACUGGGAGGUGUCCAAACACCUGGGCCGGGUCUGGUUCCCUGAUAUGAUGCCCACCUGGUAGACCCACGGUCUGGAGCUUCAGCAGCCAGCACACACUGAAGGAACUGUGUGUGUGUGUGUGUGCGCGUGCGUGCG